CUAUUCGGUGAGUGUUUUUUGUUGCAACAAAACAAAAUGAAAUUUAAGCCAAUUUAUAUAUCAGACUUUAAAAGAGUAGCUCUACUGCUCAAGGACUUUCACAUCAAACCAGUAAAGACGAUGAAAUUCAGUUUUGAUCCGUAUGAACCAAACACAUGUUCUAUUAGAGACUGCCUCUCGAUUUUGACGUCAAAGUCUUUGAAAAGAGAGGCGACUGCUCGUGUGAGAGUUGACAUAAAAUCAGACAGAUCAAAGCCACAGAUUGAUGUUGAAUUCAAUGAUGGUCAUCAGUUGAUCUUGAAGACGGAAUAUCUGAAAUCUGGAGAUAUCCUUGAGAAAAUGGAUAAAUUCUGUAAAGCAAAAGACACUAGCCAAGGGGAGGCUGAUAUAGCAUUAACUAAAAUGGCAGGAAAACAACAAAAGAAGAAGAAAUAAAUUUGGAUUGUUAUUCUAUGGAUUAAAUUUUGUUUUUGCUACAUCUGUAUGUAUAUAUGUAUGUAAUGUUGGAGAAAGUAAUAUGUAAAUAAAAAGACUAAGUACAUGUA